CGGACGGAUGGGUUGACAGGCUGGGUCAGCCAAGUGGUUGGGAAAAGGUGGUCGCGGGUAGAAAAAAAAGGCGAGAGCGCGUUUUUCCAUUUCAACUUUUUGGCCCAUCGUUCUCCUGUCAUCUAAUACCCUCAUUCUCGCAGCAACUCACUCUCCCUCUGGUAUCUCUUCUUUUUUUGGGGGGGGGCGCCGGAGUUAUCUCAUUCACACAAAGUACGAGUACGUAGCUGAUCGGGCACCCCCGCACCUCCCCCUCCCGCAGCACGACUGCUAACCGCCGCUCGGCGCUAGAUACAGGGCUACGGUUUGUUUGUCAGGCGACUUUUUCUUUCCCCAGCAUGCUUCGAUCGGUUCGCAUUGCCGGGCCCGCAGCCCGCGCCAGCCUUGGGCUGCCGAGGACAGCCAGCCGGUCGCUGAGCACAUGUCUCAAGGCGACGGCCGGUGCGUGCAACGCUCCCAUUUCGUCACUUUCCACCAGCCAAACCGCCAACCCCGCCAUCCGCCACCAGAGAACCUUCCACAGUAGUGCCGCGAGAAUGUCGGCCAACACCAGAACCGAGAGCGAUGCCUUUGGCGAGAUCCAGGUCCCGGCUGACAAGUACUGGGGCGCUCAGACUGAGCGUUCCCUCGAGAACUUCAAGAUCAACCAGCCCCAGGACCGCAUGCCCCCACCUAUCGUCAAGGCGUUUGGUAUCCUCAAGGGUGCUGCGGCGACGGUGAACAUGCGCUAUGGCCUUGAUCCUGAGAUCGGCAAGGCCAUUCAGCAGGCCGCGAAGGAGGUUGCUGACCUCAAGCUCCUCGACCACUUCCCCCUCGUCGUCUGGCAGACCGGCUCCGGCACCCAGUCCAACAUGAACGCCAACGAGGUCAUCAGCAACAGAGCCAUCGAGAUUCUGGGCGGCAAGAUGGGCUCCAAGAAGCCUGUGCACCCCAACGACCACGUCAACCGCUCGGCUUCGUCCAACGACACCUUCCCCACCGUCAUGCACAUUGCUGCUGUGCUCGAGUUUGAGAACACCCUCCUCCCUGCGCUCAAGAGCCUUCGCGAUGCGCUCCAGGCCAAGGUUGAGGAGUUUGAGGCCAAGAAGAUCAUCAAGAUUGGCCGCACCCAUCUCCAGGAUGCCACUCCCCUGACCCUCGCUCAGGAGUUCGGCGGCUAUGUUGCCCAGCUCGACUUCGGCAUCAAGCGCGUCGAGUCUUGCCUCCCCGACCUCCGCCUCCUCGCCCAGGGCGGCACCGCCGUCGGCACCGGCAUCAACACCUUCGAGGGCUUCGCCGAGGCCAUCGCCGAGGAGGUUUCCAAGAUGACCGGCACCGAGUUCAAGACUGCCCCCAACAAGUUCGAGGCGCUCGCUGCCCACGACGCCAUCGUCCAGGCCCACGGCAGCCUCAACACCCUCGCUGCCUCGCUCAGCAAGAUUGCUCAGGACAUCCGCUACCUCGGCAGCGGUCCCCGUUGCGGUCUCGGCGAGCUCAACCUCCCUGAGAACGAGCCCGGUUCGUCCAUCAUGCCCGGCAAGGUCAACCCCACCCAGUGCGAGGCCCUCACCAUGGUCUGCGCUCAGGUUAUGGGUAACCAGGUUGCUUGCACCAUCGGCGGCAUGAACGGCCAGUUCGAGCUCAACGUGUACAAGCCCCUGAUUAUCCGCAACCUCCUUCACAGCAUCCGCAUCCUGGCCGACGGCAUGAAGAGCUUUGAGAAGAACCUGGUUGUCGGCCUCUCUGCCAACGAGAAGAAGAUUGCCAGCAUCAUGAAGGAGUCCCUCAUGUUGGUUACCUGCCUCAACCCCAAGAUUGGCUACGACAUGGCGAGCAAGGUCGCCAAGAACGCCCACAAGAAGGGCCUGACCCUCAAGGAGUCCGCCAUGGAGCUCAACGCCCUCACCGAGGAGGAGUUUGACACCCUCGUCAGACCCGAGCUCAUGGUUGGCCCUUCCCCCUACAAGGGUUAAACUGCCAGCCACCAGAAGAAUGCUGGAAACCCAGAGAGAGCGUAGAGGGGUUGUGUGAUGUCGGCGAGCGCAUCGUGUAGUCGUCUCGAUAAAGGCUCCCCUUGGUUGGGUAAAGGUUUUGAUAUGUGAGACUUGGGGUUAAAACCCAAAGGCAGCGAUAUGCCUGACCGCAUCACCCACCACCCAUCACUUUUGCGUGAAACACACCUGCGUGUAACAAUAUACCCCUUGGUGUCGAUGACUUCACCUCACCGUUACAUACCCCUUACCUUUUCACCUCUACGAAGAUGUGUUAUGAUUAGAAAGCUAGCCAUGAAGAAAACUAAAUUGAUACCACCACUGCUAUAUAUGCUCAUUUUUGCGGGGAGAGGAGAGAAGGUUGUUUCAUGAUGUGUCACUGAGAUAAGAGCUAGAAGGAAGC